AGUUCCUGCUGCAGGACUAGUGAAGGACAAGAGGUGUCUGCCAACUGAUUAAGUAGUUGAGCUGUUUAUUUUCCAUCUCUUUAAUUUGGAACACAUGCAUUCUCCUGUACUGUAUACCUGAAACAUCUGAAUGAUCAGGAUGUGGGAUGUGUGCACUGCAAUCUGUCAGUACUCAGAGAGACAAUUUUGUGUCCACUUUGGCUGGAGGAUCUGCAGAGAAAUACGAACGUUUGCUGGACUUUCUGCUAUCAUGGGAUGUCAUUAACUGGGAAGAAUAUGAACAUGUCAAUAUCUUGGGUCAGCCCUUGUCAAAACUGGUCAGAGAACUACUUGAUAUUAUCACCUGCAAAGGUGAAAAGAACUGCAAGCUCUUCUUAGAUGCUUUUCGUAAAAUUGAAGAUGGAUCACUUGAUGAGUUUAAUCUGAACGUUCCUAAAGAUUUUUCUCAGUUUUCACUGUAUCUGAAGUCUGAACGACCACAGAUUGUCAGAAUAAUCCACAAACACAUAGAUAAUAUUUUCCAUCAUCUUCUGGAGCAUGAUUAUGUGACAAAGUAUGAAGUUGACACCAUACAACUUCCAAUAUUUUCACCCGCACAAAAGGCAAGAAGACUUCUUGACCUUCUAAGAGUCAAGGGAAAUGACUCGGUUGUGUGUUUUAUACAAUUUCUCCAACAUCUGGAACACGGAGCAGCUCAAGUUCCACAUGCCGGUAUACGAUAUCAGAAGAAAUUGAAGUCCACCAUAUCCGCUCAAUCCCAGUUCCUCAGCACUUACGAUGGGACAGCGAAUAUUUGUCUGGAAGAUGUUUACACAGACAGCAUUCUGGAAUUAUCCAAAAGUACCAAGAUGUCGGAUACUAUUCAAGGUUCACAGAAUCUUCUAGGCCUUCUUGACAUUUUUAGUGCUGAAGGACUUCUUAAUAAAAAUGCAGAUACUGUCCUAAUACUUGGAGAUGCAGGAAGUGGAAAAAGUACUUUGUUGCAGCAAAUUCAUCAUCUCUGGGCUGAAGGAAAUGAAUUCCAGAAUUUCUGUUUUGUUUUCCCAUUUAGCUGUCGAAGACUUUGUUGUGUUGCAAAGCCAGUUUCACUAAAGGCUUUAUUAUUUGAGUACUGCUGUUGGCCUGAUCAACUACAGGAAGAAAUAUUCCAGUUUAUCUUGACCAAUCCAAACCAAGUCCUCUUUACCUUUGAUGGAUUUGAUGAAUUUAAGUUUACCUUCACUGAUGAUAAUAAGUAUUGUUCUCCUACAGACUCUACAAGCAUAGAUAGCAUUGUCUUCAACUUGCUUCAAGGAAACCUCAUGAAAGAUUCUAUUAAAGUACUGACCAGCAGACCUGAGGCCAUUACAGCUGUGUUGCAGAAGUACGUCCAAAAAGAGGUUCACUUAAAGGGCUUUUCUGAGGAAGGAAUAGAGGUGUUCAUGAAGAAACAUCACACCAAUUCAGAUAUUUCCACAAAAAUCAUCAACAUGGUCAAAGCCAACUCUUCUCUUCAUGGUCUAUGUCAUAUACCUGUCUUCUGCUGGCUUGUUUCAAAGUGCCACGAAGAGCUGAUGAUGAGCAGUUGUAGACCCAUGCAGACCAUAACUGAUGUGUAUGUUCUAGCUUUGCUACAUUUUCUCCAGCAUGCUUCACCAACAGAAAAGCUCCCAGAAAAUGUCCUGGAAAAAAAUAUAAAUUCCAUUAGCCACCUGGGAAAAUUAGCUCUUAAUGGCCUCUGUUGUGGAUUGUAUUUAUUUUCACAUGAGCAGAUUGUUGAAUCACAGAUCAACGAACAAGACCUAUCAUUAGGUUUUCUUGUCCCUUCGAAGAACUUGUCCACAGAAAGGACAUUAUCGCCUGAAAAAUAUGAAUUCCUUCAUAUCACAUUCCAGUGCUUCUUUGCAGCUUUGUAUAUUGCAACCGAUGAUGAUGUGGUUGCCUCCUCCCUUAAUUAUUUAUUUAAUUGGAGCAGAAAUUCAAGUAGUAACAUUGCAACAGGAAAAUGUUUUCUUAUUUGUGCGCACCCAUUUUUACAAAACAAUAACAAAGAGCGUCUUAGGAAAAUAGAAACGCAAAAUCUACAGAUCAUGGCCAGCUUCGUAGCGGGCCUGUUUUCAGAAAGGCUUUACAAUAUGUUGGUUAAAUCCAGGCGGUCACGGAAUCUGUCUAGAAAGCUUAAAAUUAUUAAAAAGUGUUUGUCCAAAGGCAUCCGAAAACACUUUAAAUCAAUACCGCCUGCUGUGCAGGGAGAGAUUAAAAGUAUGCAUGCAAUGCCAGAGUUUAUCUGGCUUAUAAAAUGUAUUAAUGAAAUGCAGAAUAUGCAUUUGUCCAAAAAAGCAGUAAGGGGAUUUGACGUGGACCAUUUAAAGCUGACUUAUUGCAGGAUAGGUCCUGCAGAAUGCUCAGCAUUAGCUUAUGUUCUGAAGCAUAUAAAGAAACCAAUUGGAUUACAACUGGAUCAUAAUUCUGUUGGUGACAUUGGAAUAGAGCAGCUGAUCCCUUGCCUUCAUAUCUGCAAGGCAUUGUACUUAAGAAACAAUAGCAUCACUGACAAAGGAAUCUGCAAACUGUUGGACCAAGCUCUGCAUUGGCAAAAUUUCCAGAAAAUUGCAUUAUUCAACAACAUGCUAACUGAUGACUGCAUGGAUUCCUUUGCAAAUCUGUUAAAACACAAGCAAAACUUCUUAGCAUUAAGGUUGGGGAAUAACUUUAUCACGGAUAAAGGCGCUCAAGCAUUGGCAGAAGGUAUAAGGGAAAACCAGUCUAUUCAAUAUCUAGGCCUCUGGGGCAAUCAAGUUGGGGAUUAUGGAGCUCAAGCAAUUGCAAAUGCUUUACAACACAACAAGAGCUUAAUAUGGCUCAGCCUCGUGAGUAAUGAUAUUGGAAGUGUUGGAGCACAAGCUUUGUCUGCGAUGCUGGAAAAAAACAUUGCUUUAGAAGAGCUUUGCCUUGAAGAGAAUCGUCUGAACGGUGAUGAUGUCAUCUUGUUAGCUGAAGCGCUAAAGAAUAACUCAUCUUUAAAGGUGUUAAAGCUCUCUAACAACCAUCUUGGCGAGAAUGGAGUGUCUGCGUUGGCACAAGCACUACAAAAUAAUGAAAUUAUCACAGAAAUAUGGCUUAAAGGAACAAAUCUUACACCUGAGGAGAUGCAAAACUUGACCAAUCAAGAUCAUCGUCUGUUGUUCAAUGAAUGACAAAUCUUCCCAGCAAGGAGGAGGCUUUCGUUGUUUGUUUUGCAAUGAAUGGUGUGGAGAUUAUCAGUGAUCAGUCAGCACAUCAUGUAGCCUUUUAAGACGAUAUGCAGAUUGUUAGGCUUUUUAUUAACUUAAUUAUGAAGGCAUAUGGCUGGACGGCAUGGAUUUUAAAGGAUUAUGGGAGCAGUUGUAUAAAAGCUAAACCGUUUGUGUGUG